CAGCAGUCCUCGAGCUCCCAAUUUUACUUCUGGCGACACUACGUUUCCACUCUCUGAUAUCGCCAUGUCCGCGAUGGUCUAUUCGCACGUCGCCGUUACCCGCCUCCACUCCCUCUCCUCGUCACAUUCCUUCUGCUCACAUGGACCGACCAAAAGCGCAUUCCAGCACAGUAAUAAAGCCGCCUCUCCGCCGCCUUGCGCGCAAUCAUCAACCGCCCGCGCGUCGCUCCGCCACAGCUGCGCUUCUGCAGCGGCAAUGGGGGGUCCCGCGGGCGAGGCGGCAGCGGAGAUGGAGAUCCAGGUAUGCGCGGGGAAGAGCUGCCGCAAGGACGGCGCGCUGCAGACGCUCGACCACUUCCGCGGACUGGCGCCGCCGCACGUGACCGUGGACUCGUGCGGAUGCCUGGGGCGGUGCGGAUCAGGGCCCAAUCUGGUGCUGCUGCCGUCUGAGACGGUCAUCAGCCACUGCAGCACGGCGGCGCACGUGGCGCGGCUGCUGGAGCGGCAGUGCGGGGGGGCAGCGCGGAGACGAAUCUGGCGGCUCUGGAGCUCAAGGGCGCGGGAACGCCGCAUUUGAGAAGGGGCGUGCGGACGAGGCUGAGAGGCUCUUCUCCCAGGCUAUCGCUUUGUCGCCUGUAGGGGGGAUGCACAACCUGCUCUGCAAUAGGGCUGCUGCAAGGGUGGCAUGUGGUAACCCCAUGGGAGCACUAGAGGACGCUGAUGCUGCUGCAGUGCUCAAGCCUGGCUGGUCAUCUGCUGUGAUUCGCAGAGCAGAGGCGCUGGCAGCGCUGGGGCGGGGGAGGGAGGCCCUGGAGGCAUACCAUAGACUGGCCGACACAGACGCCGAAUUCAGGCGCUCAAAACAGUACCUGCGCAAAGUGAAGGAGCUAGAGAGGGCUACGGAGGCAGCAGCCUGAUCCACAGUGUUGCCUGGCAGUGCCGACAUUGUGUUAGUAGUGUGUCGCCUUUGGGGUAGAAAUAUGCUAUCCUGGACUUGUUGCCGGCUCACAUGGUUGAGACACCUUAAAAGCGCAUUCAUGGCAAAUAAUUUGAAAGCUGUACGCACAUCAGGGCUGCCCCAUCAAGAUUAGCACC